AUGCAAACCCCAGUUGAGGUCGCGGACCCCCCCCCCAGCAUCCUAGGCGCCCCCUCCCUCCCCGCACAACUUACCACCCUGCGCUCUCCGUCCCCGGGCAUGAGUGGGAAGCCCCUCCGCGGUCCCCCAGCGCAAGAACUCAGCCUUCUCCUCUCCAGCGCGAUCGGCGGGCGGCGGCAGACGCCUCGGACCCGGCCAGGCAGACCCGCGGCAGCGGCAGCAGCAGCAGCAGCUCCGGGAGAGACCGACCGGCGCCGCCAGACGCGCAGCAUCCACUGCCUGGAAGAGGACCAGGAGAGCCUCGGGGAGCCACGCCCACCGCCCAACCCAGCCACGCCCACCCAGGGGAACUGGGCGAGCUAG